UUACCUCUCGCCCUUCCCUCAUCGUACAAACGAGGACUAGACUUGCAGAGCAAACGCAAAGUCCACCCAGAUAUCUUAUCUUAUUUCGUUUGUUUAUAUUUCAUAGGAGAGGACUUUCACAUCUCUGAUAUUCUCCGGUGGCAUCAAAAACUUCAGGGUGUGCCUUUUAUUUGACUGGACACAUUGUUCUCCUUAUAGAAGCUGGUGAUGACUUGUUUUCCUUUUAGUUUCAGAAAGAAGAGAGCCUCCCCAGCUGUACAAACGCCAGAAGUUGACGAUGAGGUUUCAGACAUUCACAAUACGAUCAUGUACCCAUACAGAGAACUGCGAAUGGCAACUGAAAACUUCAGUCCAGUAAAUAAAAUUGGAGAGGGAGGUUUUGGUUCUGUCUACAAGGGAAGGCUCAGAGAUGGUACGAUGGCUGCUAUAAAGGUUCUAUCAGCCGAAUCAAGUCAAGGGGUGAGAGAGUUCUUGACUGAGAUAAAUAUGAUUGCUGAUGUAGAGCAUGAUAACCUGGUUAAGCUGCAUGGCUGUUGUGUGGAAGGAAACCAUAGAAUCCUGGUCUAUGGCUAUCUUGACAAUAACAGCCUUGCACAAACUCUUCUAGGUGGAAGCAGCAGCAGCAUCCAAUUCAGUUGGCAGAUCCGAACUAGAAUUUGUAUUGGCAUUGCACAGGGGCUUGCUUUCCUUCAUGAGGAGAUUCAACCUCGUAUUGUUCAUAGAGACAUCAAAGCAAGCAAUAUCCUUCUUGAUAAAGACCUCAGGCCAAAAAUUUCAGAUUUUGGUCUAGCUAAGCUUUUCCCUUCCAAUCAGACCCAUAUAAGUACAAGAGUUGCUGGAACUGUCGGUUAUCUGGCACCUGAGUAUGCAAUACGAGGUCAAUUGACUAGAAAAGCAGAUAUUUACAGUUACGGUGUUCUACUCCUGGAAAUUGUUAGUGGGAGAUCCCACACAAACAGGCGGCUACCUGCAGAAGAACAAUAUCUUCUUGAAAGGGCAUGGGAACUCUAUGAAAAGGGAGAGCUUGCGAGUUUAGUAGACACAUCGAUGAACAGGGACUAUGAUGUUGAAGAGGCAUGCAGAUACAUGAAGAUUGGUCUCUGUUGCACCCAAGACAAGCCAAAGCUCCGACCAUCCAUGUCUACCGUGGUUCAGAUGCUAAUGGGUGAAAUAGAUGUGAAUGACACAAAGAUCUCGAGACCAGGCCUCCUUUAUGAGUUGAUGGGUCUCAAAGGGCCUAAAAAUAGUUCUGACACAAUGAACACAACUUUCACAAACUCUGCUGGAUCAGGCAAACCAGAAACUUCAUUCUCGUCGUUGGGAAUGACCAGCUCACAUGCUACCAUGACCUUCAAUUCAAUAUACGAUCGAAGCAAUUAAGUUGGGUAAAGAACUUCUUUAGGUACCACUUGCUUGUCAUUUUGGAUUUAAUCUUUACUUUAUUAGCCAUCAAAAAAAAAAAAACUGAAGGAGUUUGUCUCCAAUCUUCUGUUUUUCAUUGUACUCGACUGUCAGAACAAAAAAGUCCUGAGGUUUAUUCGAGGAGCAGUGUUGCACACCUGGAUUGGUGAAUUUUUGUUGAAUAAAUGGAUGUGAAGAAAGGCUGUAAAUAGAGAAAUGAAGUGAUUGUGAUUGUUUAUAGGAGGGUGAAGAAGGUGGGUUUGGAUAUAUUUUUUU